AUUAUUUUAAUACUGUUUAGCCUGGAAGCUUUUGAAGAUUUGCAAAGAUCAAUUGGUAAAGAAAUGCCAGCAGAGAAUGGGAGACUGAAAUCACUGGUCCGUUCUGUCGAGGAGCUGCAACAGGCUGUGAAGAAACUGCUUCCACGAAUGUGGCAAUAUUCAAGAAAUAUAACUUUUGCUGAGAACACAGCACACAGGAAUCUGUCUUUGUCAAGUGACUUGCGUUCUGUGCAAUACAAUCCCAUACCCACUAGUGUCCAAGAUCAUUCUGCGCGGUUUGAGUAUUCAUUCAAUGUUCUGGCAAAUGAAAGCUUCUCAUCAGGCAAACACUACUGGGAGGUCAAAGUGAGGAACAAGGAUGGGUGGAACAUCGGUGUUACAUACUGCUCCAUUUCCAGGAAAGGGAAAGGUAAAGAAACCGUUCUGGGAAAGAACAAACAUUCCUGGUCCAUCCAGAUGGUUGACAAGGAGUACUAUGCUCUUCAUGCUGAUGAAUCCAUUCUACUUGAUCUGAACAGCAGGGACCACAAGUGUGAACGAUUGGGAAUGUUUGUAGAUUAUGAAGAAGGACGCUUGUCUUUCUAUAAUGUCAACCUAGGGACUCAUAUUCACUCCUUUAAAACAAAGUUCCGCAAACCAAUAUUUCCUGCUUUUAAUCCUGUCUCAACCAUAAAAUCAAAAAAUUAUGAACCAAUUGUGUUGUGCCACUUAGCCCCCGCACUGGAAGAGAUUGCUGACAGCAACAAUACAGAAAUACAAGAUGAAAAGCUAUAA